AUGAGCGAGCCUACACUAAGUUUUGCCGUUCAAACCCACCGCGUGCAGUUUGUCGUGCCUAGCGAGUUGAUCAAGAAAAACAUCAAAAUCAUUCAGAAACAGAUCGAAAAAUCUAAGAAACUGGUCACGGAGGAAAUCUCCAGAAUUAAGAAAUGCUCCCUGCUCACUGCCGCCGAGAAACUUGCGUCAGUAAAACGUCUUAUCAAGGUUUACGACCAUCAUCACAAGAAACUCGCUAUGGCUGUUCAAAAAGACCAGGAUUAUAGACUGCGGUUGGCUUAUCGAGCUGAGCGGUUGAGUGAGCUCAAGAAUUACACGGUGAGAGCACGUGGAGGUUCUGAAAAAGUCCUUGAUUUGCAUAAUGAGAGCCUCAUCAGCUGGUACCGUGACGAAACUAACCUACUCAUUGUAGACUACUUAUUGAAGUCGAACGUGAAGAAAGAUGUCAAUUUUGGCCUCGAGGUCUUGGAGAAAUUAGAGCUGCGCUCACGUCUUUCUUUCUCAAAGCUCAUUGAUCACGAUGUCUAUUCCAGCUAUAACCGAGUCCACAGGUCUAUACGUGAAGACCAUGACCUCGAGGCUAUUUCCACAUGGUACAAUGACAACCGAACAGCACUCAAAAAGGUUGGCUCAAACUUACUCUUCGAAAUCCACUACUGCAAGUAUUUAUCUUUGAUCGAGAGUGGCGACCCAUUCCAAGCAACGGCAUAUAGCAAAAAGUAUCUAGCGCCAUAUGCUAGAAGAGAGAAUUAUGGACACAACGAAGAUGAAAUUUUUGUGAAGAAUCGUGACAGGCUCACCAGACUCGGGUCCCUGCUAGUAUGUAUCUCCAGCUUAAGCAUGUCAGCGGAAACCCUUCAGAACCUCUCCCCGCCACCUGGAUCCCUUAUUGCCUCGCUUCUAUCACAACUGGUGGUCGCGCAGCCUGGUGAAUUAAACCAUUAUAACCGCAUUCUGACCGAAGAAUACUGGCAAGGAUUAUCGGAGUGUUUUACAAAAGACUACACUAAAGUAUAUGGUAUCCCACAAACAUACCCAUUGUUUGUCUAUCUCUCUGCGGGGCUCUCCAGCUUGAAAACAAAAUCUUGUUUUUGCAAUCGGCAAAAUACAAUUUUUGAGGCCGGUAAAUGUGAUGGUGUCUUGGACAAUUUAGACUCCAGCUCUUUGCGUGACUUGUCGUUACGCGGUCCAAACCAGUAUUACAAGCUCCUCCAGAAAAUCAAUCAGUGUCCCGUGUGUUCUCCAGAACUUUACUCUUUGAGUCAGACCCUACCUUACGCCCAACUCAUCACCAGUAUAUAUAACAACCCAUUCAAACUCCCGAAUGGAAACAUCUACCCAUUUGACAAAUUGCUCAAUCCCGAAGGUAAGUUCGAGAGAGACAAUCUUGUUCGCAAUGGGAAAGUUCGGGAUCCUUUGACACAUGAGAUUUUCUUCAUCGAUGACUGUGUGCGGGUUUUCCCGGCAUAA